UUACACACACUUUUCUUUCUUUAAUCCAAAAACCACUUUCCACGCAACAUCUUCCCAUACUUCUCUCAUCUUCAUAUAAAAUCUCACUCUUCACACUCUCUUCUUCAAACCCAUCAACCAUAACAAAAUUCAAAACCCACUUCCAAAGCUAAUCAUUCUUAAAGUUCAAAUCUUGAAAUAUGGGUGUGUUCAGUGAAGACCUCAAUCCAAUUGUGAUCCGUGAAGUAUGGGCAUCCAAUAUAGAAUCUGAAUUCGAACUCAUCCGGGAGUUAAUUGAUCGCUACCCUUUUAUCUCCAUGGACACUGAGUUUCCUGGAGUGAUUUUCCGGCCGCAGGUUGACCCUACCAAACCCUACAACCACCACACGCGCCGCCCUGCCGACCACUACCGUCUUCUCAAGACCAACGUUGACGCGCUCAACCUCAUCCAGGUCGGCCUUACACUGUCUGACUCAGCCGGCAACCUCCCUGGCGAUGCCGGAAAUCGCUUCAUCUGGGAGUUUAAUUUCCGCGACUUUGACGUGGCGCGUGAUGCUUACGCGCCGGACUCCAUCGCACUUCUCCGCCGCCAGGGGAUCGACUUCGAGCGCAACACCACCAACGGUGUGGACUCAACUCGCUUCGCGGAGCUGAUGAUGUCUUCAGGACUCGUGUGCAACGACGCCGUGAGCUGGGUCACCUUCCACAGCGCUUACGAUUUCGGGUAUUUGGUUAAGAUCCUUACCCGACAGGAUUUACCGACCCGGUUGGAGGAAUUUUUAAACGUUGUGAAAGUGUUCUUUGGAGAUAACGUUUACGAUGUGAAGCACAUGAUGAGGUUCUGUGAUACACUCUACGGUGGUUUGGAUCGGGUUGCUCGGACGCUUAACGUGGACCGCGCCGUAGGGAAGUGCCACCAGGCUGGGUCAGACAGCUUACUGACCUGGCACGCGUUCCAGAAGAUUGUGGAUCUUUAUUUUGUUAAGGAUGAACACCAAAAACAUGCUGAACAUAAACUGAAGAAAACUCUGCAGCUGCUAAUGGAAAUUGUUUUUACUUGUUUCAUUGGUUUCAGCCUACUGUUGGCUAUUGCCAGAGAUAUAUUUUUGAGUUGGUGUUGCUUAGUAGAGUUAACAGAAUCCAAGGGUUCCUGCGGCUAUAUUUGUUGCAGAUGUUCGAAAAAUUAGUCACUGAUUAGUCUGGUUUCCAGUGUCAUUCUGAAGACAUUUUCUCUUUAAUUGUGUUGUUGGAUUAAAGAAGUAAAAGAUAUGCUUAAGGAAUGGUGCGAAAAGGUAUUGUUCUUCCAUUUUUUGAUGCUUAUAUUUGUUGUUCAUGACAGGGGAAAUGAAUCAUAGUUUCUAUUCAGACCAUCAUGAGUUUGUGGUCAAAUUGGUUAGGUGUAUGUAUUUUUUUGCCCUGUUUCACACCAAUACGUUGAAACUUUGUGUCCUCUCUUGUUUUCGUGUAUUUUCACAUACAAAGUUUGACAAUUUG